AUGGGGACCUUUAAAGAAAGUAUCGGCCGACUGGCAUCGACGCUGCCACUUUCCAUCGCUUGGGCCAGGGACGUGGCGAUGGAGUUGGGAGGAUGGAAUCGACCUGCAGGUGAAAUGGAUGGACUUUUGGGGACCAGUGAAGCGAUUGCUCCGGAUUUGAACAAUAGUUCAUCAAAGAGCCUGGAAGAAGAUGUGGCAAUAAGUUCAUGGGUCGAGGAAAAAUGCAACAUAAAUGUAUCGCUUCGGGCGCAGGUUGAGGAGCGAGCUGGGAUGGGGACCUUUAAAGAAAGUAUCGGCCGACUUGCAUCAGCCCUUCCACUUCCCAUCGCUUGGGCAAGAGACGUGGCGAUGGAGCUGGGAGGAUGGAAUAGACCCGCAGGCAAAAUAGAUGGACUGGGAGAGGCUAUGACAAAAAGUACUUUAAUCGAGGAAAGCAACCCAAAGACCUGCGAGUCGAAUCGGAAAAUUGAGUUAACCGAAGGCGGCCUAAGGAAGGCGAAAUUGGCUCUUAAAGGGAGCCUACCAGACUCGCCAGAUGUGGAGCUCUUGAAAGACCUGAGUGAAAAUCGAUCCGAUUCUUUGCUUGUCGAAUUGCGAAAGCAAUCGGGUCAACAACUUGGGAUGGCAAUUGGUAAAAGAGGCCGGGGAGUGCUUGUAACGGGGCUACAGCCGGGAAGUGCGGCUGCGGAAAAGCUAGAAGUGCACGAUAGAAUCAUGGCCGUCAAUGCGAUUAAAGUCACUGAUCAGCGUCUUGCAGAAGAACUUGUGAAGAACUCAGGGGAACGUCUUUUCCUACAGAUUGCUCGGCCUCAGGAGAGGCGACUGCGAUAUUUUUCCGCCUUUUCCCCAAAAACAUUAGUGUUCGAAAAAAUUCCAUUGUCC